AGAUAAGCAAUUCGAUCGCGGCUCGGGAAGGUUCAGAAAACUACCCAUCCCAGAAGGCUUUAUUCUCGCCCUCCCAACCGGACGUUGUCACGCUCUCGGUUUUACGCAACACCCAUUCCAGGGGGUUGGCCUAGCAACUGUAUGACGUAACCUCCAGUGACAGUGAGAGGCGACUGAGCCGGUAUCUGGCGGAAGGUCGGGAUUUGGCGAAGAGGACGACGGACGUACAAAACAGAGAAAAAAAGGAAGAAGCAGUCACAAAAAUGACAACAAAUCGCUGACAGCAACUUGAUUUUUGGGUACUACAUGAAGGUCACCUAUUUUGGAAAGCAACAGCCGCUAUUUUUAAAUGUUGGGUUAAUCGAUCGUGUCCUGGCUUCGUGAUAUCGUAUAGUUUGUAGUAUUAGCUGCUCCGGAAAAAUAGUAAAACCGAGGGACCGUCCCGGGAGAGAAGAAAGGAGCCUCCUGGACUGCGGAGGGCUGCUUCCUGCCGUCGACGGGGCUCUUUCGGGGAAGGGGGGCAUCUGAGGAGAAAGGAAACAUCCACCCCCGUUUCAGGGACCUGGCCAUGGCCGUCGCGCGGCGGCUGCCCAUGGGCGUGCGGACGUUCAGCGAGCUCCUCGAGAUCGCCACCCUGGGCACGAGCCGGUCCGCCAGCCGAGUGGGGUCCCGUGCCCGAGGAAAACAGCCAAUCAGGCACCUGUCCUCCUGUGGGAUUCUAAUGACCCGGGCUCCCAGAAUGCUCUGCUGCCUAGACUGGGACACACCCAUCCCUCACAGCCGGUCGUUCAUCAACCUGAGCAACCCGCUGACCAACAAGAGGAAAGAGUACUCUGAGCGCAGGAUACUGGGGUACUCUAUGCAAGAGAUGUAUGAUGUUGUGUCCAAUGUAGAUGACUACAAGCACUUUGUGCCCUGGUGCAAGAAGUCUUUAGUGGUUUUCAAGAGAUCUGGUCACAUCAAGGCCCAGCUGGAGGUGGGCUUCCCCCCGAUUGUCGAGAAAUACACCUCCAUGAUCACCAACGUGCGCCCCCAUCUCGUCAAGGCGGUGUGCACUGAUGGCAAGCUGUUCAACCACCUCGAGACGAUAUGGCGCUUCAGCCCUGGCAUCCCCGGAUACCCCCGCACCUGCACUGUCGACUUUUCUAUCUCCUUCGAGUUCCGCUCGCUGCUGCACUCCCAGCUGGCCACCGUGUUCUUCGACGAGGUGGUCAAGCAGAUGGUGGCCGCCUUCGAGCGCCGGGCGUUGAAGCUAUACGGGCCCGAGACGCGCAUCCCCCGAGAGCUCAUGUUCCACGAGGUGCACCAAACGUGAGGCCGGGGGCAGCCACGACCCCCCCCAGCCUGAUCUGUGCCACCAGACGCCCAGUCCCAUCCCACACCCCAUGCACACUGCUACGAUUACCCGGGGGGGCACAAGCCCCAGAGUGCCCCCAGAGGAGCUCAGAGCGGGUGGAGCCGUUCCAGUCUUUACCAUCGGCCUCCGGCGGCAGCGCGGCACACAUCCACACCGUGUCCACACCACACGGACCAACAGUUCCGGCCACAUUCAUGCGCGGGGUUCCCCGCGCCUGUAGUGACAGGGGAGCCCUUGUACUUUUUACACCUAGCUCUUUUCAUCGGAGACCCCAAGAGGAAGGGUGAGAAGGAAUAGUAGGGGAGCCGUCACACCACUUCGUGUGGAAAGUGGUUGCGGUGCAAUACAGGAAGCGCAGUGCUACAGCGGCGUGGAGGGAGGGUGCUUUGACCGGAUUCAUGGAGGUUCUGCGGGCCCCAGGGCCUCCGCAGUCUGCUGUCGGAGACCUUUCUUCCUCCAAAUAAUAAACACACAUUCCUGCUGUUGAGUCAUGUGUAGAGGAUCUGCAUGGCAAGCCGGUUGGAUAGUUAGAGGUUUGCAGCAGCCCUAUGCCCCUCUGCACGCUAUCCUCGUAGAUCGCUCCCAGGCUUAAUCCGAUACCGAGCUUCAAAACCAGGAAUGCUGCUUCCUUGGGCAGAUCCUGUUUUUUCCCCGAUUCUCUAGUGCUUUCCACUUUUCUCUUCCCUUUUAUUUGAGCCAGUAUAUUAUAUUCAGAAGUUCUCCCAUAACCCCACGCAGUCAGACAAAGACGUGAAGAAAUAGCUUUUUUUUUUACCCCAAAGAAGGGGAUUGAUUUUGAUUCGGAACAAGUCAUACAGAAGGUCAUUUUCUUUCUGUGACAUUUGUGCAGAUCAGAAAAAUACAACUAUUAAAUGUCUGCGCUUUUUUAAUUGAAAGUGAUCUUACUGUUUGAAUAUUGAUCUAAAAACAGCAGUAAGAAGUUGCCGAAGAAUCAGUGGUACGCCUUUGCUCUUUUAGGGCUGUGUUUUGGCAUUUUAAGGGUUCAGAAACAUGGUAGGUGCCUUUUGAAGUUCAAUAUC